ACUUCAGUCUGAAAUAGAGACAUCUAAAAACGAGGCAGCGAGCAAGAGAGAGCUCGAAAACAGCCCGAGAGAAAGGGAUAGGAAGAAGGAAACAAACUGAGAUGGUGAGGACAGUGUGAGGCAGGUAUAGGAGAGAGACAGUCUGUAAGGGGUAAGGAGUGAGAGACAGGCUGAGCAAAAGUGAGUGCGUGAAAGAAAAAACAGUGAGAGUGACAUGAAGAAGAAAGCUGUUGGAAGAGAGUAUGAGACAGGAAGGAAGGAUUAGAGAGGCGUGAAUUGGAAUACAGUAAGAAAAUAAUAAAACAGGACUCAGAGAACAGUAGAGAGGGUGAAAGCUCGAGAAGUGGAAAAAGGGAGUGUUAGCCUGAGAAGGUUAGAGAAAGACAUCCUAGGAGUAAGAACCAGAAUGGAAGACUGUCACAAAUAAGAUGAAAAAAGCCUUGAAGUGACACAUAGACAGCCAGACGGUAUGGACUGGGAGAGAGAAUGUAACAAACUUUAGAGACAUAUCGAAGGUGGUAGAUAAAAAUAGAGAGGACGAGGUAUCUGGAGGGACAGAUGACAUGCAGGUAAGGAGGCUACGGAACAGAGAGUGAGAUAGAUAACAUUCAUGGGAGGAAGAAAGCAAAGAGAAGAGACUAUCAGAUAGAGGAAGAGAGGAAGAAAAGAGGAAGAGACAGUGAGCGGAAGCAGAGGCGGUGAGGGGAAGUGACAGCUUUGACACCAGGAGAAAGAGAGACUGCUCCCGUCCAGACAUAUAGUAAGUGAGGUGAGAAAAGAGCACCUGUACGGAGCAGUCCACUGACAGAGGGAGACUGCUGCCUGUCAUCGAGAGACACAGUGACCAUCAGUCACUGACACACAGCUAUCUGCCCCGCAGGAGCCUGGCCAGCACUGUAAAGGGAUCACUGGCCACAGAAUAACAUCUUUAUUAGGUUCUGACCUUCCGUCUGAGGGGGGGAAAAAGAAAAAGAAGCAAAGACAAACAAGCAGAAAGAAGAAGAAGAAAUAGAUAUAUAUGUAGAGAAGAGGGAAAAGGAGCGAAAAGGUGUAUUUUAAUGAUGAGUGCGCAAGGAGAGUGCGAAGAAAGAGAGUCAUCAGUGACAUUUCUAGAAAAUCAGACGACGUCAGAAAGAGGAGAAGGUGACCCUUCUACCGAGACGUUUCCAGAAACACAUGAAGAAGAAUCUGUUUUCCAGGAUGAAGGUAACGUUUCUCAAGAUGACCAGGAAGAGAGACCACGAGCCUGGAGAUCUGCUCCCCCCUCACCUGUCAGGGAGAGAAGAGGUAUCUCCUCCUCUCUCCUUUCCCUCCAUACUGAAGAGUUCCUUGAACUCCUCUCAACUGUUCAGACACGGCGCCUAGAAGAACAGAGAGCAGAGUUACCCCCUCUGCGCCCGCGACACACACGCCACUUCUCUUUCCCCAGCUACCGCCAGCUCUCCCUGCCCACUGAUGAUAAAGGGAUUCUCUCAGAGCUACAACGCCGAAGGGGCAGCUCUUGGGCUAUAAGAAGUCAGAAAAAGAAACCUCCAACAAUAAAGAUUCCAGCCCAGGAGGAGUUAUAUAAUACCAUUCUAGACCACCAGGCUCAGCGGAUGGAAGACCAGCGCUGUUCACCACCUCUUCCAUCGUCUGCUGCAGAUUUAUUUGAGAUCCUCUUCCGUGUCCAGGGAAAUCGCAUGGAUGAGCAAAGAGUGGAGUUUCCUUCCCCACUGGAGAACGCUUGCUCAUAAAGCAAGACUGGCCAAGCAUUUAUCUUUUUUCUCUCUUCUAAUGUUUGUGAAUGCAUCAUUUAUGAAGUUCCAAUUCUACAACUUGCAAACUAUGGGGACCCAUAAUGAUUAAAGAACUCACUAUAUUUUGCUUUUUCCUAACCCACCAUUUUCCAAGGUGGAGAGAGAUAUGAAAUGGACAACAUUCAAUAAACCAAGCAUGGAAAUAGAAGGAGAAAAAUAACUUGGCUUCUAACACUGGAGACGCUCAAAUGUCAUAAACAAUGAAAUGAAGGACGUUUUGUUAAAUUUCCUGUCUUGUGUUAGCUUAACCCAAUGAAAUAAGGCAAAACAGUGGUUUUAUCUUUUCUCAACUUCCACUUCCUGUCAGAACAUCCAGGUUCAUAGAGACAAAGUAGGUAGAUUCUUAUAGAGACAUGUUAUUGUGGGACCAAAGUCAAGGCCAGUCCUGUGUACACCAUUUUUAAUGAGAGCCAUGGAGUGUGUGAUAAGGAAUGGCCAGGAGGGGAACAGAAAUAUCAGUUCUAGCAAGAGUGCAAUAGACCUAGCCUUAUCUCAUCAAAAAUACAAGCUUGGGCGAGUUGGCAUAGGUCACUACUUGUGUUUACGAAUUCUAAAACAUUGAACAUUUCUUCCACAAAUAGAAAAGCAGUUUAGUUUGCAGUGUGGCCAUUUUAGAUUUCCAUAAACUGCGCUGUUGAUGAUAAAUUGUUUCUGGUUAGCUGAAGUAAUCAUUACUGUAAAUUGCAGACCUGUAUAUGGCACAUGGAUCCGGUAGCAUCACGUAGGAUCUCCCAUGAGAGUCUGAUUUGCAAACGAUGGAGAGUUGCAGGAUUCUGUUGCACUAGGGGCAGGUUAUCCUAGUAGACUUAGCUGUCACCCCGUGCCCGGAUUCAAGUCUGCGGAGACUUUGCCCAGAAGAACUUGUUAUUUUCCUUAUGAUGAGCAAACUAAAGAUCAGCAAAUUUGAUGAGUAGCUAUAAUUCAGUGGCCAUUUUGUUGCCAAUUUGAGUCCAGCCUUAGUUCCAUAGCAAAACAGCAAGUACCAAGUUGUGUUAG